UUUUAUAAAGCUCAGGACGAGCAAAGGCGACGUGAACUUCCCGAACAUAUUGACCAAGCUGAGUUGGGUUUAUUCUUACUGCACAGCAAUUAGAUUUGGAUUCCUAGGGACCAUGGAUAACACAAAUGAGAUGACUUCAAUGAUAUCAAAUGAGAUGGAACCAAACCGUCAACGAAAGUGCGCUUGCUGCAAGUCCACCCUCGGCUGGAUGAUUUUGAUGAUUAUGUAUUUACUGCUUUUACUGGCUGAAGUAGUGAUUACUUUCACUUUCAUUUAUCAUUUUGGAAAAACAAUAUCGCCCGUUUUCACCUCGAAGAGGUUAACAGCCACAAAUGUAUCAUCAUCAAGCACCAAAAAUACCUCUCAAAUAUUUCCAAUACAUCUUGUACGCUACUUAGGCAUGACAAAAACUUACUCCAGGUUGAUAAUGACCCUAAAUUGUUUAGACGCAGUGAACUGUUGGAUCUUUCUCGGAGCAGUUUUCAAAUCUCCGCAGUUCACCGGCUUGUGCCCUCUGAUAAAAAAUCUUAUUCGUUUGCCGAGAUUUUGGACCUUAAUAUUUGUAUUUUCGCUUUUUGUCACAGGGGAUGUUAUUGAGAGCGCAAGUUCCUCACUCGUCAUUUCUGUUUACAAAUUUAGAGCUAUGAUAGCAGUUUGCUUUACGUUUUCCCUGGAUGCAUUCUUUGUGACAAUGAUUCUUGUAGCUCUGAACGAAACGAAAGUCCGCCAUAUGGCACCGGGGAAAGUGCACUUAAUAUUCAAGGUGGCCCUGAUUGUCUUCUGCUUACGAUUGCUUGUAUAUUUGAUUAAUACAAUACUAUACCUAACUGUAAUCUUAUAUUUGAUUGCUGGAGUGAAGGAUAGCUAUUGGCGGAAGGGAGGCACGUUUGUAAACUGUGUGAGUAGUUUUCUUUUCUUGCCGUUUUACAAAAAAGGAACUGAACUUGUGUGGACAAAAUUAUUUCAUGACGACAAGUACAUUAUAGGGAAAAUCAGAGGCCCUGAGAGACAAGACAGUGGUUUAGAUAGCGGAACCCAGGCUGUUUGAUAAUUAUCAAUGACUGGUGGUCCAAAGAAGAAGUGGGUUUUGUAGCUUUACCUUUUGGCAAUAAUACUGCCUUAACAUUUGAUUACUGAGCAAACCAAUGUGAAAGACUUGCCUACUACAUAUCUGUAAGCUAACUUAUUUUGGGGUUUGUAUCUUAAAAUAACAACGACUUGUCUAGUGGAUAAACAGUGCAUCACUAACUUUCCAGAAACAAAUUGCGAUAAAGUCCAAACUAUUUGGCGGCAAUGACAGCUGCAGAGGAUAACAAUUAAAACUGCAAUAUAUCAUAAACCGAGAGUAACCGAUGACGGCCUCUUUCCAGAUGUAGCCCUUAAAACAUCUGAUUCUGGUGCUCAAAGACAACAAACCUGUAGCCAUGUAGCUCAAGCAGCAAUAACGAAAUCCCUAUUUACGGUGCACUGCAGCUCAAAUAAAGUUCGAGGGAGGGUACCGAAGAUCGAAUUGAUAAUCAAAAACCUUUCCACAGUUAAUACGAACGCUCGCAAUACUGGAAACAGUAACUUUAGCAGUAGUGGUGGUAGUGGAAGCAGUGGAUCGAAGUAAAAGUGCGUCCUCUUAUUUCACUUGCAUGUAUAUGGAAUAUUUGGAUCUGGUUUUAUAAUGGAAUAUUUGGGUCUGGUUUUCUUUGAUAAAUGCCUAAAUAAUCUGGUUGAUUUUACCUUUGAAUUUGAUCACUAUAUUUGUCGUUUGUUCAGGGACGCACGCGUCGUGCAGAUACUUCUCAUUGCCUAAUUGACCAAUUUUGCCCAUACUUCCUCUUUCCGAGAUUAUCAUUUUAAUAGAAUUACGGUAAUAUGGAAUGAUAUUCCCGAAGAUAUCAAAGUAGCUAAUACACUUCGUUCUUUCAAACGCCAACUCAAAUCUUUUUACUUUAAUCGAUUAUAUAAUGUUUUCGAUGGCGACAACAUAUGUUCCUUUGAUUUGUCCUAAGUGUCGCCGUGUAAAUAUUCUAAAAGCUUGCUCUUGUUAGUAUUAAUGUAGUGCGAUAUUCGUUACCUUUUUCUCUUCUUUCUUUCUAUUUAUUAGAACGAUAUUUAUAGUACAUUAUUAAUAUUUAAUUGUAGUUUUGGGUAAGGGAUUGGUUUUCUACAUUUUAAGGGGUUGGUUUAGGUGGGUGAAUCCAGUAGGGGACUACGUGUCCUAUUGUUCUCUAGCCUCUAUACUGUACGAAUCUUUAAAUAAAUAAAUAAACAAAUAAAUGUCAAUCGGUCUUAGUAUAGUGUGAUAUAAUUACUUUUUAAAAUAAUAGAAAACUAAGCGGAAGGAGUAAUAUUUCUUGCUAUGGGUACCCAAUCUCCCAAUCAUCUUAAAAUCUGAGAUCUGAAAGUGUCUCAAUUCCAAAAAUAUCCCCUCAGUUCACUAAUUCCAAGUUUAUUCCUUUUGUCGUGUGCCUUUGACGUAAAAACAGCAGACGGCCGCUCAAAAGGCUUGAGUCUAGGGUAAAUUUUC